CAGCCCCCUCUCGCGCCGCCUGCGAAGACAAGGUCAGUGGCCGCGAAGUUGGCACGGUGGUCGGAGCCACGAGGCCCAGUGAGGCGGCACCGAGCGGGCAGCGCGACGCGCUCCCCCUGUCCCGGGCGCCGAGUGCGCCCCUCCCGGGGCCCGCCUGUGCUCCGGGCGCUGCGCGCUAGCUGCUCGGGCGCGGGGCGUUCUUGGUGCGCCGGGCCGUGGCGAGUCCGGGCUCCCGUGGCCGCGUGCUGGGAGGAGACUGGCGCCCCGUCAGGAAGCAUGGAGUUGGCGACUCGCUACCAGAUCCCUAAAGAAGUGGCUGACAUCUUUAACGCCCCCAGUGAUGAUGAAGAGUUUGUCGGCUUCCGAGAUGAUGUUCCCAUGGAAACCGUCUCGUCAGAGGAGAGCUGCGAUAGUUUUGACUCACUGGAGUCAGGGAAACAGCAGGAUGUGCGCUUUCAUUCCAAAUACUUCACAGAAGAGCUAAGAAGAAUUUUUAUAGAGGACACUGACUCAGAGACUGAGGAUUUUGCAGGAUUUACGCAGAGUGAUCUGAAUGGAAAGACUAAUCCAGAAGUAAUGGUCGUGGAGUCAGAUUUGAGUGAUGAUGGCAAAGCAUCUUUGGUGAGUGAGGAAAAGGAAGAUGAAGAAGAAGAUAAGGCUACCCCAAGAAGAAGCAGGUCUAGAAGAAGUAGUAUUGGUCUUCGAGUAGCCUUUCAGUUCCCCACCAAGAAGCUGGCCAACAAACCAGAUAAAAACAGUUCUUCCGAGCAGUUGUUUUCUAGCUCACGCUUACAGAAUGAGAAAGAAACAGUUCUUGGAAGAAAGAAAGGCCGUAGACAGGUGAUGCAAAGGGAAGAUUCUACCUCUGAGUCUGAGGACGACUCUCGGGAUGAGAGCCAGGAGAGUUCGGAUGCUCUGCUGAAAAGGACCAUGAACAUCAAGGAGAACAAAGCCAUGCUUGCCCAGUUAUUGGCGGAAUUGAACUCAAUGCCAGAUUUCUUCCCAGUACGAACCCCGACCUCAGCUUCUAGGAAGAAAACAGUGAGGCGAGCCUUCUCGGAGGGACAGAUCACGCGGCGCAUGAAUCCAACCCGGAGUGCACGGCCUCCUGAGAAGUUUGCUCUAGAGAACUUCACUGUCUCAGCCGCCAAAUUUGCAGAAGAGUUUUACAGCUUCCGAAGAAGGAAGACAAUUAGUGGGGUUCUGCCUGUGUUCACUGUGCAGGGGAAAUGCCGGGAGUAUAGACGACGUCACCGUAUAUCUUCUUUUCGGCCAGUGGAGGAUAUCACUGAAGAAGACUUAGAAAAUGUUGCCAUAACUGUUCGAGAUAAAAUCUAUGAUAAAGUUCUGGGUAACACGUGCCAUCAGUGUCGCCAAAAGACCAUCGACACCAAGACGGUGUGUCGGAACCAGGGUUGCUGUGGUGUGCGAGGACAGUUCUGUGGACCAUGCCUGCGGAACCGCUAUGGGGAGGAUGUCAGGUCGGCGUUGCUGGACCCGGAUUGGGUGUGUCCCCCCUGUCGUGGGAUCUGCAAUUGCAGCUACUGUCGGAAGCGUGAUGGCCGCUGUGCCACAGGAAUCCUCAUUCAUCUGGCCAAGUUUUAUGGUUAUAACAAUGUUAAGGAAUAUCUGGAGAGCUUACAAAAGGAGCUGGUAGAAGACAAUUAAGAGGAAAACAGAACCAGCCACCUCACCAUAGAGUACUCCAACAAGACAUGCAUACCAUUUGUGCCUAAGAUUUUUUACGGUUGUGUUUUUAUACGGAAAUUCUUUGUAGAGAUUACUGUUUCUAAAUACUAUUUUUUUUAAGAUUGUUUAUAUGCUUACAAAGAUUUCUCAGGAAGACAGCAGAGCAGAGGAAUCUAUAUAGAUGUAUGCACAGACCUAUUUGUAUGCUGAACUUUGUUCAGUGAUUAAAAAGCACAGUUUAAAUGGGGUGGGGUUAAAGUUCAGAUAAGUUAGAAAACAUUGUAUGAGCAGCUCCUGCCUUGAUCUAUCUUUGGCUUCCCAAACAGUAACUCCAGGCCAAGUUUGCCUUAGCACGAGUGACCACAGUUUAAUAGACCACACACAUCGUUUAACCUGCUCUUGGUCAUUGAAAAUUUACACUGAACAAAGUGCAAUUAACUGCAGAACAGUUUUAUUAAAACUUGACUGAACAAAAGGGGACUGUCAACAUUGUAGACACUGGAGGCCUCACAGAGUGCUAGCCUCUUCCUUCAGGACUCACCUGAGGCCUGCUGCUUUUAUAUUUUGAAAGAGUUUAAGGGCUAAUAAUUUUUAAUUUAAUUGGUUGUUUAAGAACUAAAAUCUC